GAGGUUAGGCGGCUGGAUGGCGGCGGCGUUGUCGAAAGUGCAGCACCUGUCGACCCGGGUGGUGCGGGUGUUGGGCUGUAACCCGGGCCCGAUGACUCUUCAGGGAACCAAUACCUACUUGGUGGGCACAGGGUCCCGACGAUUCCUGAUUGACACAGGUGAGCCAGGCGUGCCUGAAUACAUCAACUGUUUAAAAGAAACUUUGACCCGACUGAAUGCCAGUAUUCAAGAAAUUCUGGUGACACACUGGCAUAUAGAUCACGUUGGAGGCAUUCCAGAUAUACUGAAGAAUGUUGUUGACGAAGGCAGUCAUCUUCAAAUUAGAAAACUUUCACACUGUCCGCCUCAAAAAGAGACAAUCAAAACCUGUGACGAACAAUACACAUAUCUAAAAGAUGGGGAUGUAUUGGAAACAGAGGGAGCUACACUGAGGGUUAUUUACACACCAGGACAUACCACUGACCACAUGGCAUUAUUACUGCAAGAGGAAAAUGCCAUAUUUUCUGGAGACUGUAUUCUGGGAGAGGGUACAGCAGUGUUUGAAGACUUGUACACCUAUAUGUUGUCUUUAGAAAAGCUCUUGAAUAUAAAUGCUGACAUAAUAUAUCCAGGACAUGGCCCAGUUGUGCAAGGUGCAUCUGAGAAAAUUAAAGAGUACAUAGCUCAUAGAAACUUGAGGGAACAGCAGAUUUUAAACGUUUUUCUGGAGCAUUCAGAACAGUAUUUCAGCCCAUCGGAACUUGUUAAAAGUGUUUAUAAGGAUACUCCAGCACACUUACAUCAAGCAGCUGAAGUUAAUCUUAGCCACCACCUGAAAAAGUUGGGAAAAGAAGGAAAAUUAACCCAAGAUUAUGCAACUCAGAAAUGGAAAAGCAAUUUGUAAUGCUUCUACACUCACUUAACUGGAUAAAAUGGAUUUGUGUAUCUUUUUGAAAUAAGGUUACAUGGAUUUUUAAAGAUUUAAUUUUGCAUUACAUAUAAUAUUUGGGUCUUAAAUCAAAUGCUAGAAAUGCUUCCUGUGGAGGGAAAACAGAAUUACCAUUUCAGGUCAGUGACCUUUUGUUAAAACUGUAUUCUAGUUUGUUGGGUUUAAUAUCAGACAAUCAAAAAUAAGUAUGUCGUAUAACAUAUUGGGGAACAAUUUCCAAAGGAUACAGCUAAUCAUCUAUUGCAACGUCAACAGUUAACCUCAAGAAAUUGAACAAAUGACAGAGUUAUUUUAUCAGAAUCUCUACUAUUGUGGUGGGGAUCAGGAGAAUCCCAUUGAAAGUUCUACCCGAUUGUGGUUUUGUAAAGAUUAUUCUGAGUAGUGUUGUAAUUCUAUAGUUUAUUGUAUGACGGAUUGCAAGUUAUUAGAUUCAUUGAACAUAAUUCUUAUAAGCCUUCAAACUAAGAACUAUGUAAUUAAGUCUUUUGAACAAUGCAUUGCACAUUAAAUCUGUAAGUGCCGCAUUAAACCCUCAAGUAACUGGUAAAAUGAGCUGUCUUUUUUUUCCAUAAUGGCUGAUUUAAGCCAUUUAUAGUAUUGAUUUACUGAAAUAUUAAACUCUCCAGCAAAAACAAUUUGUUUUUAAAAGGUUGAAAUUCAACUAGUCAUAGCACCAAGUAACACUAAUAUCAUUUUUAUUUCUGACCUUGUUGAAUGUACACAUGCAUAAAUUGCAGUCAGUUUGUAUUUACUCAACGCCAUUAAAAUGUCUCAGUAUUUUGCAAAGAAAAUUCUCUUUGCUGAGAUGCUGCAUUUUAAAGUGCUGGCAAUUAAAACAAGAUUAAAUACCUUUAUCACAGUGGUGAGAGAGGAUUCGGAUUGUUAGAUGGGUGAAUAAAAAAAAACUCAGCUCAACAAAACAUGGAGACAAGACAAAGACAAAUUAUAAAAUGGAGAAGACCAGGUAGAAGAAAGUCAGGGAAAUAGAGGAAAGAAAACAAUGAGAACUUCCCUGGAAGCAUCAAGGAGAAAAUGUAAGGAAAACAUUCUUUGAAACAUUUGAAGAAAUUGAAGUCUGGUCUCCAUCGCCAACUAUACAGUUAUUGCCUGUACUGAGACUGCGCUACCGUUUUGUUAUAAACAGAAUAACCUUUAGCCUGUUAUGUGUAUCAUCACACUUGACAUAUUACUUUUGUCUACAGCUGUCAUAUUUUUCAUAGCAGCUAUCUGAUCUGGUUAACAGAAUUAAACCUUUAUA